AUGAACGUGCCGUACACACCCAGACCGCGUACGACUGCGCGAAAGAAGAACUUGACGCUGAGUGCGAAGGAGUACAACAAGGUUAGCAGCACUAUCGCCUCGGUUCGGCGCAAUCGAGAGAGGUUGGACGGAGAUGACGAGUAUGCUACUCGGAGAGACCACGAGCCAUCAUUCAUCGCUGAAGAGUCCUUCGUCCGCGCACCCCUCAACUCGCGCGUCUCCGGUCUCGCACAACCGAGUCCAAAGGCAAAGGGCAAAGAACGCGCCGAGAAGCUUGACACGCUGCCUCUGGAAGUGCAAGAGGCGCUUAUACUCGAGGAUCUUCUCUUCGUCUUGAUGGGCAUCGAAGGCACGCAUAUUACGUUCCACGACGACUACUCGCCACAAGACGACGACCCACUCGAAGGGGUCAAGUUUGUCGUCGACCGGUCUCUCGAUCCCUCACUACGCGAUCUGGCCGAGCGCGUCUUACCACUGGCAACAUAUUACACGGCGAUAACGGCCUUUAUCGAGCAGCGCGCCCACGCGGACUAUGGGCUGGUAAACCACGCACUAUGCGCUCGAAUGCGCGACAUGCUCCGAGACUACCAAACCCUCCUCGCACAACUCGAACACGCCUUCUCAUCGUCGUCCUCCUUCAGCCUUCAAAAGCUCUGGUUCUACGUCCACCCCACAGUCCACACCCUCGCCCUGCUCUACCACCUCACCCUGGCUCUGGCUCAUGCAGACGACGCGCCCGACGACGAAGAGAACUCCCAAUCCUCCGAAGACGACGAUCUCGCCGCACGCGAUGCAGCACUAGGCCUCACACCCCUCAAUCCCAACCUCUUCUCUUCAUCCGCCACGACCGCCCCGAUCCCCGUCAAAGGCGGCGAAGUCCUCUCGAUCCUCCACGCGCGCGCUCAAUCCCUCUCCGGCGACCCCGCCGCGCGAAGCUUGUACGCUGCCCUUUUGACAGCUGCAGGACGACCAUAUGUGGAUAUUGUGAGAGGGUGGACGAGAAUGGGAAGGCUGGACGAUCCGUAUGAGGAAGUGUGCGUGAAAGAGGCGAGGUUCAUCACGAGGGGCACGUUGGAUAUGGAUUAUACGGACGAGUACUGGGAACGCCGAUACACCCUUCGCGACGGCUCGACAGUAUCUUUGGAUCGCCGUACACAUACGCCCGCGCCAUCUGCGGGUAUACCGCCACCAAGAGCGCUUUCGGGAAGGCUUCCCGGAGGCGCAUGCGUACCGCCCGCGCUCGAAGGAUGGAAACACAAGAUCCUGCUCGCAGGGAAGUAUCUGAACGUGAUACGCGAAUGCGGGAUCGAUAUCGCGCGGCCGGAUUCGCCGCCGCCGGCUGAGAAUGCGCCGAGGAGCGUAAAUGGAGAGGCGAGGGAGGAGGAGCAGUUAGGGCUGCACUCGGCUGUGUUUUUGCGAGGGUUGGAGGCGGACUAUGCGUUUGCGAAUACGACGCUUCUUGCGCGGUUGCUCGCACCUGGACCGGGUGGCUUGCUGGCAAGACUCCGCGCGUUGCGGAGGUACCUCUUCCUCGCGCACGCACCCUUUCUCCCGCACUUCCUCGAACUCGCUGCGUCAGAGUUGCGAAGACCGGCCAGGGCAGCGAGCAUUGGCCGAUUACAGAGUCUACUCGAGCUCGCGCUAAACGCCGACGCGCACGGCGACGACGCCGAAGUCAAAGGCGACCUCAAAAUCGUCCUCGCCGGCAGCGCCCUAACCGACUUCCUCAUCAAGAUCGUCCAAGAAAAAGGCGACAUCGCGCACAUCCAGCAGGACGGCGCGCAGUCCGAGGCCGGCGGCGGCGAGAAGAAAGAAAAAGAAAAGCUCACGGCGCUCGACGCGCUGAGCCUGGACUUUGCCGUGCCGUUUCCGCUGAGUCUCGUUGUGAGCAGGAAGACGGUGCUGAGGUACCAGCUCAUAUUCCGCUUUCUGCUGCACCUCAAGCAGCUCGAGCAGUCGCUCUCUACGAUGUGGCUCGACCACAAGUCGUCAGCCUGGCGCACGCUCCCUUCGCACGCCUCGGCGGACUUUGAGCGCUGGCGCCGGCGCGUCGCGUUGUUGAGGCUGCGGAUGUUGUCUUUCGUGCAGCAGUUGCUGGCGUAUGUCACGAGCGAGGUUAUUGAGCCUAAUUGGCGAAGGUUCGAGGAGAGGCUGGGCGGUGUGAAGACGGUCGAUGCGCUGUUGAGGGACCAUGUGGAUUUUUUGGAUACGUGUAGUAAGGAGUGUAUGAUGACGAGUGAUGCGAAGCUGCUCAAGGCGCAUGGACGGCUCGUGACGGUGUGCCAGACAUUCGUGCUGUACUCCGCGCCCUUCACCAAAGCCGCGACGCUUGCGAUGGCGCCCGACGGCGAGAGCUCCGACGCGAUCCGCAAGCGAUGGGAUACGCUCGGCAGGUUCGAGAUCCACUUCGACCGCUGGUUCGAGGAGUACUUGGGCUGUGUGCAGCUAAACGCGAGUCGGGAGAACGUCGCGCUUUUGCCGCUUGUGUUGAGGUUGCAUAGUAUUAAGCGACCGGGUGCCGCUUCUGGUGCACCGAGUACAUAG